GGCCGCCGGAGUUCGGGAGCGAGCGCUCCACGCGACACUGCGCACGCGCUGCGGGAGGCUGCGGUCCUCCCCAGCCACCCCUAGAUCUUGCUUCCAAGACACACCCACUCCUAAGAGGGGUGACGUCAGAUCAGAGCCCCCGCAACGUGCCGGGACGACCCCAUAUCCCAGCUCUCUAGCCUCGUCGGCUUCCAUCCGCCCGACCCCAACGGCGGCUUCUUUAGCGGGCCCGUCGGCCGCCACUCGCUGCGCUCCGCGCUGCCUCUGCUCUCUGCUCGCUAUGCCUACGCCACGGGGUGAUGUGACCGCCUUAUUUCUGGGGCCCCCGGGCUCAGGAAAGUCGGCGUUGAUCUCAGCGCUGUGCAACGGUGAUGUGGAGACGGUUGAGAUCCCCGAGGGACGGCCGGAGUCGGGGAUCCCCAGCUUGCGAGCUGAGGGCCCAGGUCUCUUCUUGGGAGAGCUGAGCUGCCCACCCGCAGCGCCGGGGCCUUGGGCAGCCGAGGCCAACGUGCUGGUCCUGGUGCUGCCAGACCCCGAGGGGAACGCAGAACCCCUAGCCCCGGCGUUGGGAGAGGCAGCGCGGGCAGCCCUGGCUCGUGGGACCCCACUGCUAGCUGUGCGGAAUCUCCGUCCGGGGGAUUCACAGAAUGAAGCCCAGGCCCGGGACCAGACAGCAGCCCUUCUGGACAGCGCGGGGCUGGGAUCCGCGGCUCUCUUCGUGUUGCAGGCGGACUGCAGCAGCAGCAGUGACGGCUGCCAGGAGCUGGAGCGCCUGCGGGCUGCGCUGCGGAACCGGGCGGAGCCGCUGCAGCGACUUCUGCCACCAGCCCAGGAUGGCUUUGAGGUGCUAGGCGCUGCCGAGCUGGAGGCAGUCCGUGAGGCCUUCGAGACUGGUGGCCUGGAGGCUGCUCUGUCUUGGGUUCGUGCCAGCUUGGAGCGACUGGGCAGCGCACGGCUGGACCUGGCUGUGGCCGGCACAACUGACGUGGCCCUUGUAUUGAACCUGCUACUUGGGCUGGAUCCCGGCGACCCAGGUGCUGUGCCUACUUUGGUGCCUGCGGGGCCCACGCCCUACCCAGCACCAGAACGCCCCAAUGUAGUGUUCUGGACUGUGCCUCUGGGCUCUGCCAACACUGCUGUGGCACCCCACUCAACCCAUUUCGAUGCCCUCAUCCUUGUCAGCCCGGGUCCCCCCACUGAGAAGGACUGGGCCCAAGUCCGGCCUUUAGUGCUACCAGAUGCGCCACUGGUCUGCGUGCGUACAGACGGUGAGGGCGAGGAUCCAGAGUCUCUGGAUGAAGAGGAGAAGUCUGAGAGGUCUGGCCUUGAGAGCUUAGGGGGUGCUGGUGGAGAAGGCAUGCAGAAUGCUCACAGUGAGGAAAGGGAGAAACAUGGCACCGGGUCGCAGGAGGUAGGCAGUGGGGAAGAUUCAAAGAAAGCAGGCGCAGAGAAGUUGCCACAAGUUGGCAUCAGUGAGAAGAAAUCAGGCACAGGGGACCCAGAGCGUGGGGCUGCAUUGAGCCCUGAGGAUGAGACGUGGGAGGUGCUGGAGGAUGCACCGCCCCCCGUGUUCCCUCUGCGGCCAGGAGGACUCCCGGGCCUCUGCCAGUGGUUGCAGCGCCUGCUUCCCCCAGCGCAGGCUGGGGCGCUUCUCUUGGCGCUGCCACCUGCUUCUCCCCCAGCUGCCCGAAAGAAGGCUGCAGCGCUGCGUGCAGGGGCUUGGCGGCCAGCCUUGUUGGCUAGUCUGGCGGCAGCGGCAGCACCGGUCCCGGGCCUCGGCUGGGCGUGCGACGUGGCCCUUCUUCGAGGUCAGCUGGCUGAGUGGCGGCGGGCGCUGGGACUCGAGCCUGCAGCUUUAGCCCGGCGGGAGCGUGCACUGGGUCUGGCUCCUGGGGAGCUAGCAAAGCGCACGUGCUUCCCUGGCCCAGUGACACGCUCGGAAGUGGAGGCGAGGCUGGGUGCCUGGGCUGGAGAGGGCACUGCAGGGGGUGCGGCACUGGGCGCACUCUCCUUCCUGUGGCCUGCGGGCGGCGCGGCAGCCACCGGUGGCCUGGGCUACCGGGCAGCACAUGGUGUCCUCCUGCAGGCACUAGACGAGAUGCUGGCAGAUGCCGAGGCUGUGCUGGCGCCCCAAGUACCCUCCCAGUGAGCCAUGGGAUGAGGGCUGGGACCACCGGGGUGCCCAGCAUCCUGGCUGCUUGGCUCUGCCAGGGCCUGAGGACUCCAAUACCCGGUUAGAGGGAGUGGGUUAAGCUGUCCAGACUCCAGUGUGGGACGUCUGGGCCUCAGAUAACAGAGCAGUGGCCACCACUCAAAGUCUUGGGUGCUUGAAUGGGGUGAGGGCACAGACUUUUGGAUGGCUUUGUGACGUUUAGUUACCUGGAUCUCUGAGUCUCCGGGACAGGACUCCUGAUAUGCCAGGGGACCACAGGGCAUCAUACCCAUAUUCUAAAGGGAGUGGAGCGGUUGACUGCCUAGAAGAAAGUAGAAUGGAGUUGUUGGGGAGGGGAUGGACACCCUGCCUCAUGAUGGGGUCUGGGGGACUAGUACUGCAGGUAGUUAGAGCCCUUGGACUUCUGAGCCACAGUGGAACAUAGGGUCUAAGUUUACACCUACACAGUGUGGCCUUCUAGUUUCUCAAGAGGCUGUGGGCUUUGAAUCUUCAGGGGAGGGGCAUGUCUGGGGUAUCAGAUCUGGCUCCUUAGUUCAUAAUCCCUGGGUGAUGGAAGUUCUACAUCUGGAGGGAUUGGGGCUGGGAGAGCUGGAGAAGUUGGUCUUGUGUGAAGGAGAGGGCUGCCUAACAUUUGCCCGCUAGGGGCCUGGUGAGGUAGACUCUUCUCCCAGCUGUUGUGGAGAGAAUGGUCCCACAAUAACAGUGGGCUCUAGGUGUAGCUAGAGACUGGAAAUCAGGCCUUCUGGGUGUGGAAGAGUAGAAACUUCUACCUCAGAGGUAUCUCUCACAAAUCCCCAAGGAAUUUGGAUCCUGACAACUGCCCCCUCUCUGAGUUUGACUAGAAGGGAUGUGACUGCCCCCAUUUUAUUGGUGCUAGGCAGUUCAGAAGCUUUCUGGGGAGUCUGUACCUCUGUCCCUCUCCUUUGAGGGUAUCUAUCUUUUUUUGGUCUUGGUUUCUUCUGUCAUUAAACCUUAAUCCUCUCUGGCCUUGGUACUUUGUUCACCUGCCUUUUUGGAAAAGCAGUUGUCCUGCUGCACUGACCCAAGCAUUUCUGUGUGGGCUCUCUUGGGCGUCCCCAAGAGGUUCUGCCUUCUGGUGUGCAUACAGAAUGCCACAGUGAGCGUGGGGCCCACAGGACAGUUGGGUGGGUGUCCCAGACUCUGGGAAUGUGCCAGAGUAAGUAAGGCAAAGGCAGAAACCACAGUGCCUGGAAUGUUCUAGACUGCCAGCUACAUGCAGAGAAGCUACAGGUCACAGAAUUCUUUGGUGUCAAAAAUAGGAAGGAUGAACCUGAGUCAAAUAUUUUUGGGGAUAGAUGAGAAGAGCAAAGCAAAGCCUAGAGGCAGGCUCUAGGCCCAGCAGCACAGAGCAAGGCCUUACAUGAGUUGGCCCCUGACUAUUCUUAUUCUCUGUCUCACUGCAGCCCCAGUCAGCAUGAGAGAUCUUCCUUCUGAUUGCCUUGGGUCCCGCCUCAGGACCUUUGCACUUGAUGCUCUUUCUGCCUAGAAUGUUCUGUCCCUAGAUCUUCCCAAGAUUGACUCCUUGUCAACCAGGUCUUGGCUCACAUACCCCUCAGAGAGACCUUCCCUGACCAUUCUAACAUGAGCAGUCUGCACGCCCUCACUAUCCAUCUGGCCAGAUUGAUUUUCCUUGUAGCAACUAUUACUGUCAAAAAUUACCAUAUUUAUAUGUAUUUAUUUAUUUACCUGUUUUAGCUGCUAUUAUGUCCUUGUCUGUCUUAUUCCCUCUGUAUCCCCAGCACCUCAAACAGUGCUGACACACAGUAGAUGCUUAGUAGAUCUUUAUUAUUUUAAUUUCUCAGUCAGUGGCAGAAGUCAGGCUGGAAUUUAGAUGGUCCUCCUCUUGCCGCAACAGGGAAAAGGAGCGAGUAUUGAGUAGGAGAGAAAGCCCCGGUCUGAGGUCAGGGGGCCAGGGGAGCAGGCACGCGCUGCCAUCUGUCCCCAUGUGUGACUCCGACCAGUGCCUUAUGUUCCCACCUAUGGAAUGAAAGGACUGAAUGAGAACCAUAAACACUACCCCCCACCUCCAGCUCCUGUUUCCUUUGUCAACUGAAGACAAAAAAUAACCCAACGGAGGGGCAAAUCCUCAGAGGAUGGUACCUCCAUCUCCAACUUGAACUGAUAAAAUUUGUCCCAUCACAGUUGAGAUAGCCAAGAUGGGAAAAACGUGCUGACCUGCAGGGCGAAGCUACAAGAAAGACCAGAGCCACAGUAGCGCCAUAUCUGGUAGAAAUAGAAUGUCAGUCACGUGUCAUUUUCAUUUUUCUAGUAGCCAUGUUAAAAAAGCAAAAGGAAGCAUGUGAAAUUAAUGUGUCAGCCCAGUGUAUCCAGAAUACCAGCUCAACCUAUAAUUAGCAUAAAAUAAGUAUUCAUGAGCUAUUUUAUAUUCUCUUAUCCUAAGUCUUUGAAAUCUGGUGUGUGGCUUGGACUUAGCAGCACAUCUCAAUUCAGACACUAAGUUUUCAUCAGACACAUUUGACUCCUAUUUAGAUUUCAUAAAAUUCAUGUUUGGAGAUAUAAAUUCAUAUAUCCAGGUUGUCCCAAUUGUAAUGAAUAGUUGUCCAGCAACUGAGACGAGUAUCCAUUUUUUAAAUUCAUUUUCCCAGUUGAAUGUACCGCAUUUCAAGUGUAAUGAGUAGCUACAGCAUUGCACAGCACAGACCUAGAACAUUUCCUUUACCACAGGAAAUCCUAUUAGCACAGCUCUAGGGUUGGACGAUCCUACUGACUUUGGUGGAGACCUCAGGCAAGUCAUUUGUACGGCGCGUACAUCAUAGGGAUACCGUGAGCAUUUAGUAUGUGUAUGUACCUCAUGCAUUCUGUGUCGUACAUACGCACUGUCUGGGUAGCCAGCUGCACUGGGAGCUCAAACGUUCAUCGAGUUACCCUGGGUGCCCACACAAUGCGCGCUGGGCAGCACCAACAUGACCCCAGUCUGGACACACCAUCUCACCCCCAAGUCCUUGUUUGCAAAGUGCCCUCUUUUCCUACCACUUUGACACUGCCUCUGACUCGGUCUGUCUGACAACCUCUGCUCUGCUCCGAACUUCUUCUGCCCUCACUCAGCAGGAGAAGCAAUUUUGUUUGUAUGUGUCUUGGUGCUGAUUGUAUUUAUAUAGUUAGAUAUUGGCACCCUUGGGUGUCAUGACUGCUUUGGCGAGUGGCUGCCUACUUUCUCAAUGGGAUUGAAUUCUAGGCCUUGUGGAGGAAUAAGGUUGCUAGUGAGGCAUAUUUCUGGGAUCAUCCAAGCAGAAAAGACUGAGUCCUUGCAGAUGGCUCACUGGCUGCCCUCAGGCUAGAAGUCCCUUGGGCAAGGAUUCGAGGGAAUGUAUGAUUUAUCUUGGUGUUGCCAUCAUUGGAGGCAGAACAGGCACAAAAAUUUCAGUGGAUGAGACAACUCUAGCACAUUGGCUGAGUUUUGUACAUUUCUGGAUAAUGAUGGAGAGACUUGUGUCCAUUGGAUAGGGGAACCAUGAAAAACAAACUGAGGGUAUGGUGGGCCUGUGGUGCUUUUGGAGGAAUGAAUAAAAAUUAGUAGAAUACCCAUUGUGUGUUCUUUAGUGGUUUGACUGAAAAAAAGAUGCUUGGGGUUUUGAGUGGAGCUGGAAUCCUGGGCUCCUGCGUCUGAGGAAGGAGGGGGCCAAGGAUGGGGACUCCUGGGCCCUGGGAGAGGAGACCCAAACAGAAUAGAAUGCCUUGGGCUGGGGUCAAGAGACUUCAUUUGUGAGCUUUGUUGCCUGGGGCCUAGGGAUGACAGAUAAACUGGGUGACUGUUUAGACCUUGGAGGAUUAUGAUAAUAAAGCAUCUGGAAUCAUCUUAGCCCACUGGUACCUCCAAUUUGUUCAGCUCUAUGUAGCCAGACAUCAUCUCUUCCUUUGACUAGGCUUGUCAUGUGAUUAGCGUAGCCUGAGGGAAAACAACCAACAUAAUGUAAGCAGAGAAGUGAAAAGUGCUCCUGUACUGGGGCCUCUCCGAUGCCCUGGGAACUUUCGCCACAACAAGAAGCCCCUGGAAACUUGCUGAGUCAUGUGGCCCCGCCAGCCUGGAUACCCACACAGCCAGACAACCCUCUGAAUGGAGUUGCUUAGCUGCCAGGCAGCUGAACCCAAGCAGCCACCAGCAGAGAACCACCCAGUUGAACCCAGGCAAAGCUGCCAACCUCAGAAUCUUGAAAUAUAAAGGUGAUUGUCCUAAGCCACUCAGUUAUACAGUGGUUUGUUAUGUGGUGAAAGAUAACUGCUAGCAUGUGAGUGUUCUCCCACCUCAACCGACCUCAACGAUUACAAUGUUCUGCCAACAUGACAUCCCUUCUGGGCCUCAGAUUUUUGAAAACAGGGAUGAGAAGAAUCAUGCCUAUCACCGGGAUUGUGAUGAUAAAAAUGAGAAUCAGCCUUGAACCCACAGUUAGGAAAGCAGCCAUGUCUAGGGGGCAAGAUGGCACUUCAUGCCCCCUGUGUGCUUUGGUGGGGCCACGUGACUAGCUCCAACCAAUGAGCUGUGCCAAAUCCCUGCUACAUUUCAGUAUAUUCAAUCGCCAUAGGAGACUCCCUGGCCUGUGUGCAGAAAUCCUGUGCUCAGAAUAUACUUCUGAGUUGAUGGCUGAUUUGCCUGUGAGGAACAGAUCGCCCUGUGGGUGGUGCUAGACACAUACCGUGAAGGAAGAAUCACCCAUUUGUGAAUAGAUACAUGCUCAGCAAAUUCCACUCCUCUCCCUCCCACUGGAGGGGCAGUCUUUUCCAUCCACACCCCCACACCAGUGAUGUUGACUUUGACUAUGAUUUUCUUUACUCAGUGGCGUGUGAGCUGACCUGACCUCCGCGAGGAUCUCAAGUACACUUGGCUUACAGACUCCUGUAAUCUGCCAUGAGAACAUUAACCAGGGAGCCACUGUGCCCACAAAACUAUGGAACUUCUCAGAGAACUUCAACCCUUCUCCCCAACUGGGUCCAAAUCAGCCAACCAAGGCACAGCUGGAAGCAGAGCCACCCUCGCCACAAAACCUUAGAAGAAUACUUGUGGCCUCAGUUUAGGGAUGGUUUGUCACACAGCAUUAUGGCGGCAUUAGUGGACUAAUUCAGUUUUGUUUUAUUUUUUUUUUUUAAUAGAGGCAUGCUUUAUUUAUUUGUUUGCUGGUUUGUUUGUUUGUUUGUUUUUGUUUAUACAUGCACUGGGUACAGUCAGAAGUGCGGGAGGGUGAGAGAAUUCACCAGAGCCAGAGCGGGUAGCAGAGCAGGCAGAGGGACCGAAGUACACUGCUGAGGGGAGCAGCGGG